GUCAGAUGUCUGUUUUUCCUCUCGUGACACCACCACCACCUGCAGGAUCUUUGUCGCUGCUUUCGGACGGGAAGAAGAAGCGUGCGGCAACCUCUCUCCCAAUCAAUCACAAGCAUCUAAGUGCCAAUAACAAGCCCUUAGACAAGAGGCUGGAUGCAUUCAAUGAGAGCCAUGUUGCCAGUGAUCGUGGUCCAUGGAGGAGCUGGGCAUAUUCCUAAAGAGCGAGCUGAGCUGUCCUGUGCAGGGGUGAAGGAGGCAGCCAGGGGGGGCUAUGGCAUUCUCAGGGCUGGUGGCAGUGCCAUGGACGCGGUGGUGGAGACAGUGACCAUCCUGGAGAACAACCCUGCAUAUAAUGCAGGCAGGGGCUCUGCGCUGAAUGUGAAGGGUGGGGUGGAGAUGGACGCCAUCGUCAUGGACGGACGCACGCUGGCCAGCGGAGCGGUGUCGGCCGUCAGGAGGGUGGCCAACCCCGUUCAGCUUGCCAGGCUUGUCAUGGACAAGACCAACCACCUGUGUCUGACAGCUGAAGGGGCAUCUCAGUUUGCCAGGGCUAUGGGCAUCCCUGAGGUGCCAGAGGAGUCUCUCAUCACAGACUAUGCCAGAAUGCGCUGGAAGAAGAACCUGGCACCAGAUGCCAACCCAGUGGAGUGUCAAAUGGGUAAGAUGGGCACAGUGGGCGCAGUGGCAGUGGACGCUGAAGGCAACAUCGCCUGUGCCACCUCCACAGGGGGCAUGAUCAAUCAGAUGGAGGGUCGGGUAGGAGACACACCCUGCAUAGGAUGUGGAGGCUACGCAGAUAACAAGACGGGAGCGGUCUCUCCCACCGGCCAUGGGGAGGCCAUCAUGAAAGUCACUCUCUCCAGGCUUAUCCUCUUCCACAUGGAGCAAGGGCGGUCUGCAGAGGAGGCGUCCGACCUGGGCCUGGCCUACAUGAAGGAGCGGGUACAGGGUUUGGGCGGCGUGGUGACGGUGGACCCGAAGGGCGUGUGGGCCGCUCGUUUUAGCAGCCUGCAGAUGGCGUGGGCGGCCGUGCAGAGCGAACAGCUCCACUACGGCCUCUACGUCGGAGAGCACUUCACCGAAUCCGCACACGAGCCAUCUUGAAAUACUUACUGUGAGAACUUUAUUGCCAUCUUGGUUUGGAAAAUAAUGCACUGACACUACCUUUAAUUUCAAUCUGUGAUCUACCGAGACCUUAAUCAGUUAAUCCAUGCAAUUCUAGUACUUCAAAACUUGAAGCAACCAAAGUGGAAGAAAUUCAGCCGUCCACAAUCUAAAUUCUUGCAAAAUGAAUAGCUCCAGGGCUUUUGUGAACAUGGUUGUUUGCCUGCUUUCAAGGCAUAAGCAGUGAACUCCCACAGUGUUAUGACGUAUAAUGUCUUAGUCUAGUGAAAAGUGCCAUAUCGUGUUCCCUGUGAUAGCCCUAUAGUAUGCAAUGUAGCAACUGCUACAUGAUGAUAUAUAGUGACAGUACUGUAUGUACUACCUGCCAUACAAAGGCUACAUUAGUGGUUCCCAAUGUGAGAGGCGGCCCCUCAGGGGUGGUGUGGACUUACAGCAAGGGAGGUGUUGGUUGAGGGUGGAAACUUUUGUGUGGUGAAACAUUACAGUAUAGUAGCCUGUAACUAACCUAUUUGGUGAUGAGUUUAUAGCCUACUUUGUACUUAUAUGGUCAGGGCCUAGCUAGCCUAUAUGUUAGGAGGGAUACCUAGCCUGAUUAUUAAUACUGACAUGUGCCUAACAUGAAUAUUGAAUGGAAUAAUCACCCAGUGAGAAGUUAAACAUGUUUAAAUGUUUUAAACGACAGUUCUGAUGAAAUAAGAUACAAAAUGGUUUUAACUGAAUGAUGUAAUGAAAUUGAAUAAUGUUUAACUGUUGAAAUGUAGAACCAAUGUUUAAGAAAAGCUAUGCAAAAGCCAGGUCCGCCGUGUGUCUUGCUGACACAAGAUGAACCCAAACAACUCCAAGGCCACAACACAAACACUACGCAUGUUCCAUUUGCACACAGCAAAACAGCUCUCCUCUCCCACACACUAUUUAAUCAUGACCUAUGCAUAAGCCCCCACCCCCCGGGCCUUGGGCCAGGGUCAUAUAUGCCCUUUGACCCCGUCACCCCCAGCGGCGGGCCUGGCAACAAGCUGAUGGGCAAUUUUUUUUCAUUGUCAAAUGUGGGCCUGCCAUGAAGAGUUUGGGAACCACUGGAGUAGAAAAACAACAUGUAGAGCCAGUGUGGUGUUUACUCACUCAUAACACUUACACGUCCUUGCUGUUUAAUCUAAGUAACUUUAUUUUUUUAAGGUAAUAGAAAUUAAAUAGCAUGACUGUGAAUAUUUUUACAUUGAAACUCAUUUGUUGUUGCAAUGUACUGACUCUGUGGUAUUAAGUAACAAAUAAACCUCAACUGUAAUUAAUCACUUAUUAAUAAAAAAAAGUAUUUCACA